UUUAGGUGAGCUUUGGUCUCAUCGUUUGCCUCAACACACAUAUAGUAUAAAUCAAUAAACAAGUCCUUCAGGAUAUAUAGUCAUAGAUGUUUAUGUAUAUAUUGAGCCUUAUCAAUUAGAUUUUUCAAACAAAAAUAUGGGUGCCCUUUACCAAGAACCCUCAACUCUUCUCCAAGAUCUCAAAGUCUCAAUCCAUGACACAACUCUUAUUUUUCCUUCCCAAGAAACUCCGAGAAAAUCCAUUUUCUUAUCAAAUAUUGAUCAAGUUCUCAAUUUCAAUGUUGAGACUCUUCAUUUCUUCCCACCCCACAAAGAUUUCCCUCCUCAUCUUGUGGCUGAGAAGCUCAGGAACACUCUUUCAAAAGCCUUGGUGCCCUAUGAUUUCUUGGCUGGAAGAUUGAAGGGUAACCCUAAAACAGGAAGAUUGGAGAUUGAUUGCAAUGGAGGUGGAGCUGUUUUUGUGGUGGCAUCUAGUGAGUACUCUUUGGAUGAAAUUGGAGACCUGGUUUACCCUAAUCCUGCUUUCAAAGAGCUCAUUUGUGGAAGCGAAAUUGUUAAUGAGUUGUUGGGAAAAGAUGAUGAUCAACCGCUUUGCCUUUUCCAAAUAACAUCAUUCAAGUGUGGUGGCUUUGCAAUGGGCCUAUCUACCAACCAUGCUACUUUUGAUGGUUUAAGCUUCAAAACUUUCUUGCAAAAUCUUGCUGCCCUAGCUGCUGAUAAACCCUUGGUUGUGAUCCCAUGCAACGAUCGUCAACUUCUCGCCGCUCGAUGCCCGCCACGUGUAACUUGUGACCACCCUGAGAUGGUUGAACUCAAGUUCCCCCUAGGGCAAGACUCAAAUGUUGCAAUGUUUGAUACCAUCCCUGAAGAUCUAGACUUCAAAAUCUUCAGGCUCACUGCUGCCGACAUUGCUUCCCUCAAGGCUAGGGCAAAAGAAACUUGUAACACUCAAAAUUACAAGCACAUUACUGGAUUCAAUGUGGUGUCUGCCUACAUAUGGAGGUGCAAAGCAUUAUCAUUUGGUGAAAAUUUUAACCCAGAAAGGGAAUCUCGAAUGCUAUACGCCGUCGACAUACGACCCAGACUGAACCCGCAAUUGCCAGCAUCAUACACUGGAAACGCAGUGCUGAGUGCUUACGCAACUGCCAAGUGUGAGGAACUGAAAGUUGGGCCGUUCUCGAAACUGGUGGAGAUGGUUUCGCAAGGAACGAAAAGAAUGACGGACGAGUAUGCGCGGUCGUCGAUAGAUUGGGGAGAGUUGUACAAAGGGUUUCCACAGGGGGAGUUCUUGGUGUCAUCUUGGUGGAGAUUAGGGUUUUCAAAGGUGGAGUAUCCAUGGGGGAGGCCAAGGUAUAGUUGCCCUGUGGUGUGUCAUAGGAAGGACAUAAUCUUGCUGUUUCCUGACAUCGAAGAUGAUGAAAAUGGGAUAAAUGUUUUGGUUUCUCUGCCUAAAAAGGAUAUGGAUAAGUUUCAAAUCCUCUUCCAAGAGUUGAUCUCGGCUUGAAGGGGACUUCUCUAAUUAAUAAUUAAUUAAGUUUCUUAAUUAUAUCUCUUUCAAUAAUGUUAUGCUAUAUAUAUAUAUAUAUAUAUAUAUGCAAGUGUGCAUGAUAUAUAGUUUGGUUUAUUUAUGUAAAGCUG